AUGCCGCCCCCUGCUCUGCUUUGCGCGCUCUGCUGGGGCCUCCUGGCCACCGCCGCCCACGCCGGCUACUCGGGGGACGGCUGCAGCUGGAGCGGCAGCGGCCUGACCCAGGAGCCGGGCAGCGUGGGGCAGCUGUCCCUGGCCUGCUCGGAGGGCGUGAUCCAGUGGCUGUACCCGGCCGGGGCGCUGCGCCUGACCCUGGCCGGCUCCGGCUCCGGCACGCGCUCGGGCAUCGCCUGCCUGCGGCCCGCGCGGUCCUUCGCAGGCGCCCAAGUCUUCGCGGAGCGGGCGGGCGGCGCCCUGGAGCUGCUGCUGGCCGAGGGUUUGGGCCCGGCGGGGGGCCGGUGCGUGCGCUGGGGUCCCCGUGAGCGCCGGGCCCUCUUCCUGCAGGCCACCCCGCACCCAGACAUCAGCCGCCGCGUGGCUUCCUUCCGCUUCGAAACGCACGAGGACAGGUACCCAGAGCUGCCUCCACAGGCCCACGGUCUUGGUGCCGAUGGUGUCUGUAGGCCCUGCAGCGACGCCGAGCUCCUGCUGACUGCGUGCACCAGCGACUUUGUGAUCAACGGAACCAUCCGCGGGGUUGCCCACAACACAGAGCUGCAGGAAUCUGUUAUCACAGUGGCAGCUGCCCGUGUCCUCCGACAGACGCUGCCGCUGUUCCGGGUGGGGGAGUCCGGGGGCCAGGCCUCCAUUCAUACCCCGCUGCGCUGCGGCGUCCGUCCUGGCCCCGGCGCCUUCCUCUUCAUGGGCUGGAGCCGCUUUGGUGAGGCCUGGCUGGGCUGUGCACCCCGCUUCCAGGAAUUCAGCCGUGCCUAUGCGGCUGCCCACGCCGACCACCUCCACCCCUGUGAGGUGGCACUGGACUGA